AUGGCAACGCUUUAUGAAUGGAAACGGCCUCUAACAACAGCAGAAUUAUUAGAAAUUAUCGAGAAUUUGAACGAAGAUGAUGUUAUACCAGAUGGAGUGAUCAUUACCCCUCCAGAUGAUUUCGAUAAUACAGAUUGCGAUUCGGGUGAUGAAGAGAGUAACGAUCCAGAUAAUUUGAAUCGUCACCAACUAGAAGCUGAAGCCGAACUACAAUACGCUGAUGAAGUGGAAUCAGAGUGGGAUGAAGAAGACUGUAUACCGCUUUCAACAUUCCAAAAGAGGCGCAAGGAAGAGUACGUAAAAUGCAAAGGGGAAAAAGGGGACCUUAACACCUCCUGCCAAGAAGAAACAUUCCGAUUUCUGCCUCCCUUUUCCCUGGGACCUAGCAGUCAUUCAUUCGAAUUUUUUUCAUUAAUGAUAACGCCUGAAAUUGUAAACAUGAUAGUAGAACACACCACUACCUAUGCGGCACAAAAGAACAAAGAAUACUUCAAUUUAACAGAAGAAGAACUGUAUACUUUUAUAGGUAUUCUGCUGUUGAGUGGUUACGUACCACUUCCACGCAGACGGAUGUACUGGGAACAAAGCGAGGAUGUACACAAUGUUUUAGUCGCUAAUGCGAUGAGGAGGAGCAGAUUUGAAGAAAUUUGUAGUUAUUUACAUAUGAGUAACAACGAAACCAUUUCUAAAGAUGAUAAACUGGGUAAAAUUCGCCCCCUUAUAGAUUGUUUGAAUCGACAGUUCCUCAGAUACGCACCGAUUGAGAAUAACAUUUCCAUCGACGAAUCUAUGAUACCACACUAUGGUAGACAUGGAUGUAAACAAUUUGUAAAAGGUAAACCUGUUCGAUUUGGUUACAAGGCUUGGGUAGGUGCUCUUAAAUUAGGAUAUUGUGUCCAAUUUGAAAUUUACCAGGGGAGAAAAAGAAGCGAACAAACGCAAGUAAUGGGCCUGGAGGAAUCUGUAGUUCUAACCUUUGCAGAAAUUUUAAAAAAUUAUUACAACAAGAAAUUUUCCUUGUACUUUGAUAGUUUUUUUUACUUCCCCGAAGCUUAUUAG